AGCUUAUAAAAGUUAGUUACUGGCUUUUCAGCUUUUAGUAACGUUUUAGUUAUAGCCUCAACAUGAGUGCUAAUAAAGUGACAAAUACUUUGCUAUUAUUGCUCGUAUUCUUCUCGGCAUUAUUAGAUUUGAGUUUUGCUUUACAAUGCCAAGAAGAUGAUGAAGAUUGCCGCGAAAAAUUUAUGCAUCCCGCCAUUCCCGAGCACAAACUUAAACGACGCUCUGCUCCCGAAGAAGUGCUAACAGAAUAUUGGCUAGAUAAAGGUGAACGUUUUGUGGCCUAUAAAGAUGCCACUGCCGAGAAACCUGUAAGAAAUAAAGCCCAAAAUAUUAUAUUCUUUUUGGGUGAUGGCAUGUCAUUGGCCACUUUGGCGGCCACCCGUGUGUAUUUGGGUGGUGAGGAGAAGAGUUUGUCUUUUGAAACUUUUGCCGAUACUGGUUUGGCUAAAACUUAUGCUCUUGAUCGUUUAGUACCCGAUUCCGCCUGUUCAGCUACAGCCUUCUUGUGUGGUGUUAAGGCUAAUUAUGGCACCAUAGGGGUAUCCGGUCAUGUAAAGCGGGGAGAUUGUGAAGCUUCUAAGAAUACAACCUUUUAUGUGGAUUCCAUAGCCAAAUGGGCUUUGGAGGCUAAACGUUCUGUGGGUUUUGUUACCACUUCCAAAGUAACAGAUGCCACUCCGGCCGCCCUUUAUGCCCACACAGCCGAUCGUGAUUGGGAAAAUGAUAAAAAAGUGAAAAAUGUUUGCGGCAAAAAUUCUGGUGUUAGUGAUAUUGCCCUGCAGCUAAUGCAAGGUGAGGUGGGCAAACGUUUAAAGGUCAUUAUGGGUGGUGGCAAAUCACAAUUUAUCGAUGAGGCUUUAUAUGCUGAAGGCAAACGUAAAGAUGGUCGUAAUUUAAUACAAGAAUUCCUAAACGAAAAUCCCAAUAAUAUGUUUGUGGAAAAUAGAGAGGAUUUGUUAGCCGUUAACCCAUUGUCCACUAAACGUUUGUUGGGUUUAUUUAAUGAUGGUCAUAUGAAAUACAAUCUAAAAGCUUUAGAUUCCAAGAAAAAUAAACAACCUAGUCUAACGGAAAUGACCGAAAAGGCCAUCAAAUUAUUACGUGCUAAUAAUAACAAUGGUUAUUUUCUCUUCGUGGAAGCUGGACGUAUUGAUACGGCUCAUCAUAGUAAUAAAGCCAAAUUGGCUUUAGAUGAAACUGCUCAAUUGUCGGAAGCGGUGGAGUUAGCUAGAAGACUAACAGAUAUGGAUAACACUUUGAUUGUAGUUUCUUCGGAUCACUCACAUACCAUGUCCAUUUCGGGUUAUGCACAACGCGGCAAUGAUAUUACAAAAUUAGCCUCCCUAGGUGAGGAUGAAUUGCCGUAUAUGACUUUGAGCUAUGCCAAUGGUCCCGGUUUUAAACAGUUCUAUAAUACUAAGAAAAAUUAUCGUGAAGAUCCCCGAGAUGUUUUAGCAGCACAAGAAGAGGAAGAUUAUGAUUUACAAUUUCCUGCCACAGCUCCCAUGGAAUCUGAAACUCAUGGUGGUGAAGAUGUGCCGGUAUAUGCCUCGGGUCCUUGGUCUGAUCUAUUUAGUGGGGUUUACGAACAAAGUACCUUGCCUUAUCUAAUGGCAUAUGCGGGAUGUUUUGGACCGGGCGAGAAGGCUUGUUGAAGGCAUACAUACAUUUCCAGUAUUUUUAUACUUAUAAGAUUUAUUGGCUAAAAUGUGAUAAUAUUUGUAAAAUUUAUUUAAUUUAACACCAAAUAAAAAAUAUCUUAAAAAUUAAGUUAAAAAUAUAAAUAAAUCUACAU